AUGGACAGAAAAAAAUUGUGUGGUUCAAAGAAAUUAUUUAAAUUAAUUGAAAACAGUAAUGUUUUUGAAAACUACUACGAACAACAUUUAGCCAAGAGGUUGUUGAGCAAGUGUUUAAAUAAUGAUAUUGCAAAAAUUAUGAUCUCAAAUUUAAAAACCGAAUUUGGAGGUCAGUUUACCAUCAAAUUUUAAGCUAUGAUCAAAGACAUUGCAUAAUCCUACACCAUUAUGGAUUCAUUUAAAACAAACUUGACUACAUCACAAUCAUUAAAUUGCACUAACAUUAAUUUAUUGGUUUGUGUGCUAACCACUGCUUUUGGGAAAUUAACAGUCUCAUCUACAAAAUAUAAUGCGCCCAGUACAGCAUAUUUGACUUAUGAAGAAUUUUAAACUUUUUUGUUAAGUAAAAAUNAAUUAUGGACGCCAAAUUCCAAUACAGCCACAACUUGGUUCAGCAGAAAUAAUUUUCAAUAAAAAUUAUAUGAAUACUAAAUCAGUGCCUGUACAUAAAAAUCUCUUGCAAGUAUCACCUAUCAAAUGGCAAUAUUGAUGCUGUUUAACAGUUUUAAAAAAAUCACAAUAGAAACUAUAAUGAAAAAGACUGAAGUAAAUGAAAAUGAUCUGACUAGAGAAUUACAAUCAUUAGCAACAGAAAACUGGACUGGUUUUGAAUUAAACAUUAAUCAUCAGGGAUAUUACAGACAAAAUAGAAGAGGCAGAUUAAUAUAA